UUUUUUAUACAACAAUGAAAGUCUAACGUAUCAUUCUUGGUCCAACUUGCAUCUUCCUCUUCAUCUUCAGUUCAAGCAGCCCUUUACCAAGUCAAUCUCUCUUUCUUUUUGUUCACACACAAACAAACACCAUUUUCAAAUUUGUACUUUCUUGCUCUAUAUAUCAUCUCACACAACUUUUGCUCAUCAUUUCCCAUCUGUGUUUUUCUUAAUUUGGUUUGUCAAAACUCUUCUUGCUGAUCUUUUUUCCCCUCCAUUCUGCUAUUUUCUGUUUCAAGACUUGUUUUUCUGACUGUGAUUCUGGUAAUCUGUGUCAAAGUUGAGAUCUUUACAUUGAUUGUAACUGAUAUAUGCUCUGACGUUGCUGAAUUGUAUAGUCAGUUUUGUUCUAAGAGGUUUUAAACUUGAGGAUUAAAAGAAGGUGUUUUUAUGGCUCAAUUGUCUUAUUCUGAUUCUAUGUCUUCACAACAUGGGGUUCAGGCUGUCCCAUUUAAGACAUCUACAGGAUCACUUAGGGUGUUGUUGUUGCAUGGAAACUUAGAUAUUUGGGUGAGGGAAGCCAAUAAUUUGCCAAACAUGGAUUUAUUUCAUAAGAAAUUGGAUAACUUGUUGGGAGGAUUGGCAAAACUUGGGAGUAAAAAAGAAGGAACAACAAAGAUUACUAGUGAUCCUUAUGUCACAGUUUCAGUAUCCGAUGCUGUUGUUGCUAGAACAUAUGUGAUUACCAAUAGCGAAAAUCCGGUCUGGAUGCAACACUUUUAUGUACCAGUUGCACAUUAUGCAUCUGAAGUGCACUUUGUUGUUAAAGAUAAUGAUGUUGUUGGAUCUCAAAUUAUUGGUGCUGUUGGAAUUCCUGUGGAACGGCUAUGUUCUGGUGAACUGAUUGAGGGAACAUUUCCAGUUCUCAACAGUAGUGGAAAGCCUUGUAAAGAGGGAGCUGUCCUUACUCUAUCAAUUCAAUUCACUCCAAUGGAGAAGGUAUCCCUUUACCAUGGCGGUGUGGGAGGAGAUAACGAGUAUCAGGGCGUGCCAGGGACUUACUUCCCUCUUAGAAGAGGCGGCAAAGUAACACUUUAUCAGGAUGCUCAUGUUCCCGAUGGAAGCCUUCCGAAUUUGUGGCUUGGAAAUGGAGUUCAGUAUCAGCAUGGACAGUGCUGGCAGGAUAUAUUUGAUGCAAUCAAUCAGGCUCGACGGUUGAUUUACAUUACAGGAUGGUCCGUGUACCACCUAGUUACACUUGUUAGGGAUAAUGACAAUGCUGAGAAGAGCAUAUUGGGGGAAAUUCUCAAGAGGAAAUCCCAGGAGGGUGUGAGAGUAUUGCUGCUCAUAUGGGAUGAUCCUACUUCUAAGAGCAUUUUGGGAUACAAAACUGAAGGAAUUAUGGGAACUAAUGAUGAAGAAACUCGUCGCUAUUUUAAGCAUUCUUCAGUGCACGUGCUACUUUGUCCUCGUUCUGCUGGAAAAGGACACAGCUGGGCCAAAAAACAGGAAACUGAAACAAUAUACACACAUCAUCAGAAAACUGUGAUAGUGGAUGCAGAUGCUGGUAAUUACCAGAGAAAGAUUAUGGCUUUCGUUGGUGGACUUGAUUUGUGCAAAGGGCGUUAUGAUACUCCACAACACCCUAUCUUCAAAACGUUGCAAAGUGUGCACAAAGAUGACUUUCAUCAGCCUAACUACACGGGCCCUACUACUGGUUGUCCCAGAGAACCUUGGCAUGAUUUGCAUAGUCGGAUCGAGGGGCCUGCUGCAUAUGAUGUCCUAACUAACUUUGAGGAGCGCUGGUUGAAGGCGUCAAAGCGCCAUGGACUUCAAAAAAUGAAAGCUUCACACGACGAUGCAUUACUCAAACUUGACAGGAUUCCCGAUAUUUUGGGAAUAGCUGAUGUCCCUUGCCUAAGAGAAGAUGAUGCAGAUACGUGGCACACGCAGAUUUUCCGGUCGAUUGACUCCAACUCUGUUAAAGGCUUCCCCAAAGAUCCCAAAGAAGCCACUAACAAGAACUUAGUAUGUGGUAAGAAUGUGCUGAUAGACAUGAGCAUACAUUCUGCCUAUGUAAAGGCAAUUCGAGCUGCCCAGCAUUUCAUCUACAUCGAGAACCAGUACUUCCUAGGGUCUUCUUAUAAUUGGAGUAACUACAAAAAUUUAGGUGCAAAUAACUUGAUACCAAUGGAAAUUGCUCUAAAAAUCGCCAACAAAAUACGAGCAAAUGAGAGGUUUGCUGCAUAUAUAGUUCUUCCUAUGUGGCCAGAGGGUGUUCCAACAAGUACUGCUACUCAGAGAAUACUCUUUUGGCAGCACAAUACCAUGCAGAUGAUGUAUGAGACAAUUUACAAAGCUUUAGUAGAAGUAGGACUGGAAAACACAUAUGAACCCCAGGACUAUUUGAUUUUCUUCUGCCUUGGCAAUCGUGAGGUUCCGGAAAAUGGAAUCACCACAGUUGCCAAAAGUUCGAAGCCAAGUACACCUCAGGAACUCACUCAGAAAAGUCGACGGUUUAUGAUAUAUGUCCAUUCAAAAGGAAUGAUAGUGGAUGAUGAGUAUGUCAUAUUGGGAUCUGCAAAUAUCAAUCAACGUUCUCUUGAAGGCUCCCGAGAUACUGAAAUUGCAAUGGGUGCAUAUCAGCCUCAUCAUACAUGGGCAAUCAAACACUCUAACCCACACGCGCAGAUAUACGGCUAUAGGAUGUCUCUGUGGGCAGAGCACACGGGAACACUGGAGCAAUGUUUUGAGCAUCCAGAGAGUCUUGAAUGUGUGAGACGGAUAAGAGUAUUUGGUGAACACAACUGGCUACAAUAUGCAGCUGAUGAAGUAACUGAAAUGAGAGGCCACCUUCUUAAGUAUCCUGUUGAAGUUGAUCGAACGGGUAAAGUUAAGUCACUUCCUGGCUGUGAAACUUUUCCCGAUAUUGGAGGGAAGAUAAUAGGUACAUUCACCGGUGUGCAAGAAAAUCUCACCAUCUGAUCUAGGGGAUUCUGCCUAGUCUAGCUUUUGAAAAAUUUCAAGAAUCCUCAUUCUGCAGGCCUGAGAUUAUUCUUUUAUAUUGUUUCUUGCUCCAUUAUGCACUGGUUCGUUUUCCUGUCGGUUGUUUUCCUAGUGUUGGUUGUGCAAACUAGAAUGAAAAAGGUGCUUUUGUAUUUUGAUGAUUUUGACUCAAUAGCAGUUUAAAAAAAAAAUCGUUAUGAUUAUUGUGAUCGAUUGAAGAAUUUA